UUCGUACAGCCUCUGCCCAUAAACAAAAAUGGCGGACGUUGACAAGUGGAUAGAAAUUGCAAAAGAGUGCAAAUAUCUGCCAGAAAGUGACCUUAAGAAAUUAUGUGAGACCGUAUGUGAGCUGCUUUUAGAAGAAGGAAACAUCCAGCCUGUAUCAUGUCCUGUGACUGUAUGUGGCGACAUUCAUGGACAGUUCUACGACCUAGAAGAAUUAUUUCGAACAGGUGGCCAAGUUCCUGAUACGAAUUACAUCUUUAUGGGUGAUUUCGUGGAUCGAGGCUACUAUAGUUUAGAAACCCUCACUCGUCUCCUGUCCCUUAAGGCAAAAUGGCCACACAAGAUAACCCUACUAAGAGGAAACCAUGAAUCACGGCAGAUUACGCAGGUGUACGGCUUUUACGAUGAGUGCCAAAACAAGUAUGGGAAUGUAAAUGCUUGGAAAUACUGCUGCAAAGUAUUCGAUCUACUCACUAUAGCUGCUAUCAUUGAUGAUGAAGUUCUGUGUGUCCAUGGAGGCCUCUCUCCAGAAAUCAAUACUCUUGACCAGAUUAGAACAAUUAACCGAAAUCAGGAGAUUCCUCAUAAAGGUGCCUUCUGUGAUUUGGUAUGGAGUGACCCAGAAGAGAUCGAUGCCUGGUCUAUGUCUCCGAGAGGAGCGGGUUGGCUCUUUGGCGCCAAAGUCACGCAUCAAUUUACGGAAACGAACAACUUAAAACUCAUCUGUAGAGCUCAUCAACUUGUCAAUGAAGGUAUCAAGUACAUGUUUGAGGGUAAGCUGGUAACUGUGUGGUCUGCUCCAAACUACUGCUACCGUGCUGGUAAUGUGGCUUCAAUCCUCAGCUUUACGUCGACGAAUGAGAAGCAUGCAAAGUUAUUUGAUGCAGUUCCAGAUGACAAGAGAGUAAUACCUCCAGUUCACACAACACCGUAUUUCCUCUGAAGUGAGGUGCAACACAGUAAUCAUUGUUUGUGUAUAUUUGUCAACAAAUGUGUUUAUCCUGCCUCCAUGUGAACGGGUAUGUGGUAGGAGUUUCCCCUGUCCAAACGGACCAUAUUUUGUUUAGUUCGUGGGUUACUUGACUUAAAAAGUCAUACACUGUUAAAGUGCAGUUUCUGCAUUUUAUUCAGUCUAUAUUUUCUAGAACACUUUUUGACAUUGGUAUUAACUUCAAGAAUUAUUGUACACUCAUAAUAAUCAUUACAGUGUCUACUUGCCUGUAUAUUAGUUAAUUUGACAGGGGAAAGCUCUGCACCUGAAUGUUCAAGUGUCAAGGGUCUUUCAUGACAACUCCCAAGACUGCCUGUGUCCAGGUAUCUGAGUAAGGCCUAAUCCACGUGCCUUGAUGCUUGGAUUGGAAUGAGUGUCGCUGUUCCAUUUUGUGACUCUGUUUCUGCGACAGUUGUGAUUGGGCUAUUUUCAUUCCUUUUUUAUUUGUAAUUAUUGUUGCAGUUAUUAUUUUUUUUAACCACAGUCAUUUUAUUAGGAAUCAAAAUUCGACACUUGUUCCAUCAGAAUUUGCCAAGCCAGCUUUGAUUUGAUAAAGUUGGGUCAGAUCAAUGAGGGCUGACUGUUCUUUGUUACUUAAUGGUGCUGAUCAUGCUGAUGCUAAGGUAGGAUUUUUAUUUAUUUUGUCUGAACAUGUCAAUUCCUCCCAAGGAAAGUUGUAAGCCAGUAUGUGAUUAUUUUGUCAUCAAACACAGGUUUCUUGUUCUGUUCUUUCAGUUUAGGCAGACAGUCUUAUGUACGUGGUUCAGCUCUCGAGUGCAAUAACGUUGCAUAUAUAGUUCAAGAAUGCCAUAUACAGUGAAACUUGGGUGAAAGCAGUAUUUCCUCUAGAUUUGAUUAUAUUGUAUAUAAGUUACAGAAGUUUGGAGGGAACAUACCACCAUUAAGAGUGCAAAGAAACUUAAGAGAAACUGGUGAAAGUAUUAAUUGGGAGGUAAAUUUCACACAUGUGAUGUAAGUGAUCUCUGUUUUAUGUGAAGGUGUUAAAGGCUAACUGACAGUGUUUUACACACCAACAUACAGACAGAUAUAUUAAAUAGCCAAGGUGAUACAUGCACAAAAAAUACAUUAUUUUAGUGCUAUUUACCCCUUUUCUUUCUAACAACCAGUAUCAGAUCCACUUCUGCCACAUUGGCAAUGGCUUCUUAGUGUCAAAGUUUGGUAGUUUAGUGAUCAUUCCUCUUGCAUUACAUUUGUAUUCUAAAUAUAGAUUCUCGAUCAGGUGAUUAGUUCAAUAUGAGCUCGAUGCAACCAUAUUUAAAACAUCAAUUUGUUGAUGUAAUUUACUGGUGCAUUUUUCUGCAUUCCACACGUUAUCGUAUAGAUAUACUGUACCAGUACCCUGCGUGAUUGUGGCAUUAUUCCAAAAGCAAUCAGACAGUAUUUUUGCUUUGUGUGAUUUUUUAAGAACUCAGAAGUUGAAAGUUAGGAUAAACACCCAACCCACAAAUUUAAAAGUGAAGAAUUGAUGUUGUUUCGGUCCGUCAUGGACUAUUACACUUACUUGAUUAUGACUCGUCGUCUGCAAGUUAGGAUAGUUUAGGUUGUACAGUAUAGAGCUGUUAAUGGUAAUUUUGAAAGUUUUACAGUAUAGUAUUGGGCAAGUUGGAGGAGAUUGGCGGGUAGGUUAUUUAUUAUGCUCAAAUGCAGGUAGGAUAGAGUAGUCGGUGGUCUUUGAUACUGAAGUUAUAGAUCCAUGUCAGAUACUCAAUUUCAGGGACUGCAAUUCUUCCUAUAGUUGAGGGUAUAGCUCAAUUUAACUCAUUUCUUUACUUAAUUGGAGGCCUUAAUAGUUUUGCCUUUGCAGCAGUGGAUAAUUAUCAGCCAGGAGAGUUACCAGUAGAUAACAUGGAUGUUACAUUAAUAUUGUUUUAAUGAAACCUAUUUAUUUACCAAGACUGUCUGAUACCCUUUCAGAUUAUAUACCUGUGAUAGAAAUCUAGUUAAGUAUCUUCACAUUGCAAGUGGAAUGGUGAAAAUUCUUGAAAAAGUUUACAUUGUUUAUGCCUUGCAUUUGUCACCUUGAACUGUAUUUGCAUGUGGGUUGCUAGCUUGUAAUGGUGGCAAAGAGUAGUUAGUUGCAAUUAAUGUCAGUUACCCUCUAAGACCCCCACAAAUUUGAGUUUAGAUUGAGAUGCAUCAUCAUCCACUGACUGUUACUGUGAUGUCAACAUUACCUGUAUAUUCUAGUUAUACUCAAAUCCGAAACCAACAGUAGUCUGUGAUUGUCUUCAAACAUAAUAAACAAACUUUCAUGAUACAAAAGUUUCUAAAUAAAGCUUGCGAUGUUUUAACUUUCCUCAUUCAUACCUUUCCUCUUUCAUAUAUUUACAUGUAAAGCUUGUCUCUGUAACAGAUCUUGAUAUUUAAUUUUUUAGCCUACGGAAUGGAGGCACAUACAAGGUACAAAGUAUCAAAUUGUUUUUCAUAGGGAACCAAAGAGAGACAUAUGGCAUCGACGGCCUCACCCAGAGCAGACUUGGAGCACUGUAACAUGUGGGACUCCUGCUCUCUUGGGUCUUUGGGGGGAGUAAUGGAAAGGUUUUUAAUGUUAUAAUUAAAGUUUGGUGUUAAUCCAAAAGCACAAGUAUAUUUAAUUGUAAAUAUAGUCAUUAAUUUUGAAUGACUUUGAAGUACAGAGUAGAUGCAGCUAAACAUGGAACUACCCUGAACAGAUAUUUUGUAAAUGUUAUUUGAUUAUUUUCUUAGUUUUCUUGAACAUUACUUUCCUUAAAAUAACAAAAUAUGUAGCUGCAAAUACCUAUAAUUAGCAUUGAGUGACAUCUAGUUUGAACAGGAAAGGUUUUUAGGAUAUUUGUAUGGGUAGUGUUUAGCCAUGUAUUAUGUGUUGCCAUAUAGCAACUAUUAGGUCUCAUUUAUAGUAUUCCUUUUUUUUUCCCAUGUUCCUAUACCAAAAUAAUCCUGUGAUGAAGAUUCUGACUUUGGGAAGAAUAACAUUCUGUAUAUAGUAUUCAACAAUCCAAGAGAUAUCCCUCAGUGUAAAAUCUUAAAAUAAACAUGCUUUCCAGAUA